AUGGAACCUUUGGGGGCUUCAACAACGUCCAAUUCUCUCACUGGCCAUAUUACUUUAGAAACUUGUAAACCAUGCAGCUUAACUUGUACCUUGGCUUAUUCACCACAACAAAAACUUUAUGGCAGAAGAGUAAAUAACAACAAUUGGUGGGGCCACUUGAUAUACUCCUCAUCCAUACAUGAUCAUGAACAUCUACAUCCACUCAAAAACCUCAUCCAUAUUCCAAACUCUUAAUUUCUUCACACAUACCAUCCAACCAUACAACAAAAAGAUAAGAUUUUUAUCAACAAACAAAAACUCUUCACACACCCUUCAUUGUUGAAUUCUUGAACAACCAUAAUUAAACAAAACAAAACAAAAAAAAAAACAUGUCUUGCUCAAAUUUAACAAUGUUGGUGUCAUCAAAACCAUCACUUGAUUCAUCAUCACCACUUUCUUUUAGAUCAUUCAUUGCACCAGUUCAAAUUCCCAGUUCAAAUGCCAACAAUUCGAUAUCGAAACCGUCUUCUUCUUCGAUCCAUUGCAGCCUCCGUGAUCUUCGAACCCGUAUCGAUUCGGUUAAGAACACACAGAAGAUCACUGAAGCUAUGAAGCUUGUGGCAGCUGCUAAAGUUAGAAGAGCUCAAGAAGCUGUGGUGAAUGCAAGACCAUUUUCGGAGACUUUGGUUGAAGUGCUUUAUAGCAUCAAUGAACAACUUCAAACGGAAGAUGUUGAUGUCCCCUUGACCAAUGUUCGACCCGUCAAGAAGGUGGCGUUGGUGGUGGUCACCGGAGACCGUGGUCUCUGUGGCGGUUUCAACAACUUCAUCUUGAAAAAAGCCGAAGCAAGAAUCCGGGAGCUCAAGACGCUAGGUCUUGAUUAUGUUGUGAUCAGUGUAGGCAAAAAGGGUAAUUCUUACUUCCUUCGGCGACCCCAAAUUCCAGUGGACAAGUUUCUCGACGGAAGCAAUCUCCCAACCGCGAAAGAAGCUCAGGCGAUCGCAGACGAUGUGUUUUCGCUAUUUGUAAGCGAAGAAGUCGACAAAGUUGAACUUUUGUACACAAAGUUUGUGUCAUUAGUGAAAUCCGAUCCUGUGAUUCAUACACUACUUCCAUUAUCACCCAAAGGAGAAAUUUGUGACAUAAAUGGAAUAUGUGUUGAUGCUGCUGAAGAUGAGUUCUUUAGGCUGACCACAAAAGAGGGAAAGUUGACCGUCGAACGAGACGUUAUUAGGGCCGAAACAAUGGACUUUUCGCCAAUCUUGCAAUUCGAACAGGACCCGGUCCAGAUUCUUGAUGCAUUGUUGCCAUUAUAUUUGAACAGUCAAAUCUUGAGGGCUUUGCAGGAGUCGUUAGCAAGCGAGCUUGCGGCAAGAAUGACUGCUAUGGGGAAUGCGACAGAUAACGCGUCCGAGUUGAAGAAGAACUUGUCGCGGGUUUACAAUCGCCAGCGCCAAGCCAAGAUUACAGGCGAGAUUUUGGAGAUCGUUGCGGGUGCUGAUGCAUUGGCUUGAUCAUCAUGGGAAAAGUUGUGGAGGAUGUCAAUUUUUUUGUGGAAUUAUUUUGUAAUCUGUAAUGCUAAUACUUCCUCCAAACAAAUGAAAUUUGUGUAUUUGAAUAUAUAUGAAUAAGUUUUCAUGGUAA